AUGAGUCUCUUUGACAAGAUUUCACUAUCGUGGCUCGUCCCUCUGACUAUCGUCCGUGCCUUCUUUGGUUUCGGAUCACGCAUGGCCGACUCUUCUUCUCUGCACUGGCGCCAGAAGCUUUCCAUCUCGCUCCUUCAGGCCUUUCGCCGCACGCUGAACCCACGACACACAUCUUCGCAUUCCAGACAGCGACUCACAGGCGCUGCCGUCAAGGACUACUGCUGCAGCCGUGGACUUGAAUAUGCUGCCGUCACCGUGUCAUUGCCAGAGUACAAUUCCGCUCAUGAGGUCACCAGACAGGUUCCGUGCCCGACACUGCAUAUUGUCACUCCUGCGAGUGCUCCCGCCAACGGACCGGCGCUUCUCUACGCCCACGGAGGAGGCUAUCUCAAUCCGUUGCAAGCACCAGGCCAUAUGCCAUUCGCAUUGCAGUGUGCUGCUUCAUGCGGCGCAAGCCGUAUCAUUUUUGUCGAGAGGACAUCUUAUUCGAAUCACGAAAGUGACUAUCUUUCCGCCCAGCAAGUGGAGAUAUUUAUUCAGUUAUUCGAGCCGUCGCUCACAGAAGUUUGGGCGUCACCCAUCGAGGCCGACGACGCAACUGAUGUGUGGAAGACCGCUUUCCCUCCCGCAUUAGCUAUGGCAGCCUCAGGCGCACCAACGCGCUCCGUGGCGAAGAGGACCCUAGUAACGUCAGGUGCAGGAGAGACGCUAUUUGACUCAUGCGUGAAAUUCGCAGCAGAGCUUCUACAUGCAGACAUGGUGGUUCUAGACUCUGAUGACAAGGUUGCGCUCGCGGCCGGCAAGGACCUAGUCUUGACAAUUGCGCCUGAUGAGGCUCAUGUCCAGCCUGUGCUAGAUUCUGCGCUCAGAUACCCAUACGGGUGGUCAAUGAAGGCUAUCAACCAGUUCUUAAAAUCUGUGUAA